UUGAGUGCAAUAAUAAAAGUUUCUAUUUAUAUUCAUUAAAAUAAUGGUGGCAGCGACGAAAUACUAAUAAAUGUACAAGCUGGAUACAUUCUACUACUGGUAAAUAAUUAUUUUAUAGGUUAGUUUUAUUAACUAUUUAUUAUGACUUUGGAGAACUCUAAAACCACAAGCAAAACUAGUUCCCUAAAAGCUCUUUUACUUCGAGCUUGGAAAGAUCGUUGGACUGAUCUACAAUGGGGCAUAAAUAUAAAAACAAUACUUCCUCGAGGUGUAAGUGGAGACGUUUACAAUUUGGCUGAUUGUAUGUUACAACAUGCUGUUAUCGGGGCAGGUGCUAACCAAUUGGUGCUAUCAUACUUGCACCACACUUUAAGUUGCCAAAUGGUGUCAUACGCUGCUGUUUUGAUAAAGAUAUCAAAGUUCGAUGAGUUUGAAAAGCCUCAUUGCUUGAUUAGUUUGUUAGAGUUCUUAGAAACUAUACAACCAGGUAUAACAUGUAGAAACAAAGCUGAAGAGGAUUUGUUGGCUUCAGCUAUUUUAUCAAUUGUGCACUGGUUGUUACAAAUAUAUCAUUACACGCUGUGUUCGUUUGUUAUACCAACGUCCCAAGACAGUACACAAACCAAAAUUGAGUUUCCUGAACUUUUGGAUAAACCCACAAAAAUCCUAGAAGCUUUUGUAUCAUGCGACUUUAUAAUGGCUUUAAUGUACUUAGCAAAACACGAUGAUGAAGACUUGCAUUUAAAAAUCAUUAAAAAAUGCAAUGAAAUCAACUCAAUGAUCACUUUAGCUGAAUUAGAUCGAAGUAUACAAGACUCUUUGCAAAAACUUUGCAACUUGGAUGCUGUAAGUAAAUUAAUCGAGCCUGAUGAACCUGUUACGUAUUGUAUACAAGCCUUGCUAACUGUAGACGUUGUUGUGAACCCUUGUGCCGACACACAAACUUAUGUAAACCAAUUAUUAAUGAUACAAAGUUUCAAAGGCUACAGCAAUCCUCGAUUAUACUGUGAACUAAUACGGGCUUGUUUGAUAUCACUUCAUGAUGUAAACGAUGCAGCUAGAGAAUCCAUGUGGGGUGCUUUUACAUUCCUAAAAGUCCCUGAAAUAAUAGAACGCCUAAACAAUCCAUACAAAGACAAAAAAGACUACUCCCAAGACGUGGUUAGUGCUUUCGAGUUACUCCUACAAUACACGUCUUUACUAGAUUUAAUGGACACAAAAUCAUCGUGCAAUAUUAUUGAGUACGUACUCGGUGGUAUGUUGAAGCAUAGAUUAGUAAACGAGAGUCAUGUGAAGACUUUUGCGGCUAUGAGAGCACCCAGGUCUGAGAUUUUAAUCAAGUUAGAUACUUCCAAAACUUUGUCGAUACCUACAAUGAUCACCAGAGCUGAACCAACGCUUGCAGGGAUUUUGAAGACUUUGAGUGUUGGUUGUGAUACUUUGGCGGAUGCUCUUUUGUGCAUGCUUUGUCAGGUUUUGACUGGUAAAAGCUUUGAGCUUAUCCUGGCAGUCGCUACGGUACAAGGAACUUUAAAACAAUUCGUAUCAGAGCUUAUAAAAUGUAACGAAAGCUCCAAAGAAUUAUGCGAUGAAGUCGGAAAGAAUGCCCAAACCAAAAUGCUUUUAUUCGAUGUCUCAUUUCUCAUGUUGUGCUCCAUUGUGCAGACAUACGGUUCUGAAAACGUUCUGGACAUCAACGGUGACUCGUUUUUUGAAGAGUGGGUCAGAACUUGCAUGGUGGAAAGGUUUAAACCGAAAUCUCCUGAUAGAAUGGUUGCACGUUGCGAUCAUGCAACCGUAGAGACUUUACUGGUGCAGUUCAAUUCAGGCGAGAGCGAUUUUAAAAAUUCACAAAUCAGUUGGUCGAAAGCCUGUAUGCAUAUUGGAGCAGUUGUGCAGGAGGUGUUAAGGGCCUGGGAGCAAGGUUCUCUAUCCCCUGCAGACGUUAAAAGAAUCCUAGACGCCCUCCGAUCGAAGGCUUGUUCUUUGGCAGCUUGUGCUGCGGCUUGGCUCUGCGCCCAUAUGAGGGUAGCCCACCAGGACGCCCUCCUCAAACCAAUGAACAUGGUUCAACAGUUGCUGAACCCGGUUGCAGUCAACCCGGGAACAGAUGCUGCAAAUUCAUCAGCAAGCGGUGACGAAUCGAAUGGUGGAUCGAGCAGCAUCCUGCAAAGUGGAGGAGAGCAUUUUAAGGAACGAUCUGGACUUAUGUUUCAGAUUGUUAGGAAGAUGCAGUAUGAUGUGCAUCCGACGACUUUAUCCAAGUCUAAGGUACUUAAUGUAUCACAUAGCAUAGUAUCUCCGAAACCAAUUUAUGAACAAUUGCAAACAGUGUGGGCUGAUGUUCAAAAUCGCGGAUGGUUAAAUGUCGAAGCUACCCUGACACUAGAAAGUCUCUUAAACACCGGAGGUAGUUCCUGGUUCGUAACGAGUCUGGUCGGGUUAGUCCUGGAGCAACAACGUUCCCACGAUUCCUUAAUAAGAGCUGUAGACACAGCUUUUGCAGCAUUUUCUCUAAGCAGCGAAUCCUGUGCAGUUGCUUUGUUAGAAGACGUCUUACCCAGAGCCCUACGCAGCGAGAAAAGGGCUGAAGAAGCUUUAACCGAACCAGGAGCUGGAGCUUUAGCAGCCCUUACAGCUCGAUGCGUUUUGGCCUGCCUCAGCGCCCAGGAUCAUUCAACCACAGCCAGCUUGAAACGUUCAAGAAGUGAUGCUUUUGGUGAUGAAUCUCCAUCAGAGUCUAAAAGUCGACGCCUAAAUGACAACGUAAACGGUGCUUGUACCACAGCUGCUGAAUUGGCUCUAAAUGCCUCAAUAUUUCCCCAAACCUUAGGAGACGGUUCAAGAACCCCAGAGCCUCAAAAAUCUCCUUUAAUAACAGCUUUGAAAGCUUUAUUCGAAAUCCUAGAGAAAUUGGCGACAGACAAAGUCAGCACAACCAGACAGACUUAUUUCGCAAUGCAACUGCUUAGGAAGUUGGUGACAAGUCCGAUGAAGGGCAAAGGAUCUAGGGAAUUGUUGAGGACUUUGCCUGAUCAAUUAGUGCCGGCUUUAGUGAGAGCUUUGCCUGAAAUGUUUUCGACUGCUCUGAUUCUAAGGUUGUAUGAUAUUGAUACACCGGCUGGUAGAAGUGCUACGGCCAGGGAUUUGUGUUUGUUGAGGAAUAUGCAGCUGAGGGCCAGGGAUCCAACGUAUGGAUCUAACACGACGACUUAAUUUAAAUUUUAAG